CAGAAUCGAAAACGUUUUAUAUCCUACAAAAUUAUUUUUUUAUCAAUUAAGAUAAUUUAGUACGAUGUAAUCUUUAUUACCUCGAUAACUUGUGUCUUGUGUGGUCUCUGAUUCAUAAUUGUCAGUACUAGCAAUAUCGAAAAAUCAUUUAUAUAUAGGCACAGACAUACGUUCAUUCAAUUAUAUGAUACACUACUACUAGUUUAGUAGUAUUGUGUGGGCGAAACGCACACAUAAAACGAAACAUCGAUAUAACCUUGAAUUGAAGAAUAUAAAUUAAUGGAGAAUGGUGAGGUUAUGUUGAUUAGGGACUGAAUGCUUUGACGUUUCUAUCUACGCGAUUGGAACAUGGGUUUGUUUGGAAAAUCACAGGAAAAGAAUCCUAAAGAAAUGGUUCAAGAAUGGACUCAUAAAUUAAGAAAAGAAGGUUAUCAGCUUGACAGGCAGGUUAGAGCAAUUCAGAGAGAAGAAGAAAAAGUAAAACGUUCCUUAAAAGAAGCAGCAAAGAAAGGAGAUAAAGAUGUGUGCAAGAUUCUUGCAAAGGAGAUUAUAAGGGCUCGUAAAGCAUGCAAUAAAAUUUAUACUUCCAAGGCACACUUAAAUUCUGUAUCGUUACAAAUGAAAAAUCAAUUGGCAACAAUUAGAGUUGCUGGUUCAGUUUCAAAGUCUACAGAAGUGAUGCAAGCAAUGCAAUCUUUGAUUAGAGUACCAGAAGUAGCUGCAACAAUGAGAGAAAUGUCAAAGGAAAUGAUGAAAGCGGGAAUUAUUGAGGAGAUGUUGGAUGAAACAAUGGAUUCUAUUGAGGAUUCUGAAGAGAUGGAGGAUGAAGCUGAUGAGGAAGUUGAUAAGAUUUUAUGGGAGGUGACAGCUGGUCAAUUGGGUACAGCUCCUGCAGUUGUCACUGAGAAUCCUGGAUCGAUCGCAGCCUCUGCAUCUGCAGAAGAAGAAGUAGAAGAUGAUGACAAAGAACUUGAAGAGAUGAAAAACAGAUUGCAGAGCCUUCGCAGUUAGAUGCACAUUUAAAUAAUUGAAAUAUAUUUGCACUAAAUGUCAGGGAAAAAUAAGUAUCAUAAUGAUAACAAUUAUUAAAUAAAUAGUAACAAAUUAUAUACAUAGCAUUUGCUACAAAAAUAAUAUUUAUCAUAAUGUAUUAUUUUGCUAUUUAUAUGUAAAUAUUGUAUGUACUAUCGCUUUGUAGAGUACUUAAACGCAUAUCUCUAUUUUUACAUUCAUCAUUAAAUAAUAAUUUUCUUUAUAAUUCCAAUUUGAAUUUCUUAAAAUUAAGAAAAAUUAUGUGAAGCAAAUUAAACAAAAACACAAUGAUAAUUAAAAUUUAUUUAAAAAUCAAAUUAAUUAUCAAAAGAUUAUAGAAAUGAUUGACAACUCACGAAAUUAAAUAAUUUUUAGUUAUUGCACUUUGUUAUAACAUUUACACAAAUUUAUAUCUAUAAUAAAGAAGUUUAUUUUGUAUGGCUUUCAAUGUGCCAUUUUUAUUUUACUUUCCAUUUUGUAAUUUAUUCUAUAUAGCAUCUAAUAUUCUACUAUUUUUGUAAACUUUCAAAUUUGAUUUUUGAAAGAAAAAGGGGAAAAGAUAUAGAAUAGUAACAAACUACCAAUAUAUU